AUGGGUUCAUGGGUUGUCUCUGCUGCCUUGAACAGCAAUUGCUUCAACCCGGUGGUCACUGAUGGGUUGUCAGAAUUGUCAAUAAUACAGAAAAGACAAUCACUCACAAAGUUAAAUACGCGGCAACUCAAAAAUGCAAGAUUACUGGAGGUGUUUAAUGAACGCAAUGAACUACCAGCAAUAAUUCGCCACAAACGUGAUGUGACAGAAUGUUAUGAUAAACAAAGGAAGGACAUUUGUGAUAUGUAUUUGCAAAUGGAUCGUUGUCAAUGGGACAGUAUUGCUGACUUGUGCCGUAUAACAUGUGGCUUGUGUGGUGCUAAUGCCGCAACAAUUUGGAGCACAUGGUCACCAUGGAGCAGUUGUAGCUUUGCAUGUAUUGGUGGCAAGAGAAUGAGGUCACGACAUUGUUUGUCAUUCCAUUGCGAUAAAACAGAGAAUGAAUUGGAUGAUUGUGGGGUUGGACCUUGUCCUAUUAUCAGUCCUGAAGCUGAUGAAAUGAGUUUUAGUUCAGAAGCAAAUUCAUAUCAUCUUUCAAAUGAUGGGAAACAUGACAAACCGCGGGUUUGGGAACGAAAAAGAUAA